GGUGGUAUAUAAGCUCCUGCUCCCUCUCCCCGCCUCCCAUUUCUCCCUAAUCUGCUGCUCCCCGACCCCGGCAGGGCCAUCCCGGCAUGAAGCUCCCGUCUCUGGCAGCCCUGGCGCUGCUGCUGGCGCUGUCCUCCCCGGACCGAGCCGACUCCUCCGCCUACGACAAGAUCGUGACCCACAGCCGCAUCCGGGCCAAGAACGAGGGGCCCAAUGUUUGCGCUCUCCAGCAGGUCAUGGGGACCAAGAAGAAGUAUUUCAGCACUUGCCGAAACUGGUACCAGGGGGCCAUCUGCGGCAAGAAGGCGACCGUCCUCUAUGAGUGCUGUCCCGGAUACAUGAAGCUGGACGGCAAGCGUGGAUGCCCUGCAGUGGCCCCCAUCGACAAUAUUUACGGGACUCUGGGGCUGGUGAAAGCCACCACCACCCAGAAGUACUCGGACAUGUCCAAACUCCGAGAGGAGAUCGAGGGCCCCGGAUCCUACACCAUGUUCGCCCCCAGCAACGACGCCUGGGACCUCCUGGACCCGGUCAGUCCCCUGGGGUAUAAAAAAGCAAAGGAAACAAAUGAAAAUUCACCAACUGGAAAACUUUUUUUUACCGUUCCAUUAACAAUUUCUUUUGACGUUUGUCGUCUUCGCUGCUGCCCCCUGCAGGUCGUCACGGUGAACUGCGCCAGGAUCGUCCACGGUAACCAGGUGUCCACCAACGGAGUGGUGCACGUCCUCGACCGCGUCAUCACCGCCGUUGGGAACACCAUCAAGGACGUCCUGGAAGUCGACGAUGACCUCUCCACUCUGAGUACGUUGGCUCAGGAAUCCGGCCUCUUGGACAAACUCGGAGAGCCGGGUCAGAUGACCCUGUUCGCCCCGACCAACGAGGCCUUCGACAAGAUGGACAGGGAGGUGCUGGAGAGACUGAAGAACGACAAGGGCAUCCUCCAAGCUCUGCUGAAGUACCACCUGCUGAAGUCGGUCCAGUGCUCGGAGGCCAUCAUGGCGGGAGCCUCCUACGAGACGGAGGAGGGCGCCAACAUCGAGAUCGGCUGCGACGGCGACAGCCUGACCGUCAACGGCGUCAAGAUGGUGCUGAAGAAGGACCUCGUCACCUCCAACGGCGUCAUCCACCUCAUCGACCAGGUGCUCAUGCCCGACUCAGCUAAGCAGGUGAUGGAGCUGAUUGGCAGUUCCCAGAGCACCUUCAGCGACAUGGUGGCGGAGCUGGGCCUGGCAGAGGCCAUGAGGCCGGAGGCCGAGUACACGCUCCUGGCUCCGCUCAACUCCGUCUUCUCUGACGAGAUCAUGAGAAUGGAUCAGCGGCUCCUGAAGAUCAUUCUGCAGAACCACAUCGUGAAACUGAAGAUGACCCUCAGCCAGCUGUACAAUGGGCAGCUUCUGGAGACCCUUGGUGGAAAGCUCCUGAGAGUGUUCAUCUACCGCACUGCGGUGUGCAUAGAGAACGCCUGCAUGGUGCGGGGCAGUAAGGAGGGCAGUAACGGGGCUCUGCACCUGAUGAAGACGCUCAUCAAACCGGCCGAGACCAGCAUGUACCAGAUCCUGAAGGUCGACGGCCGCUUCAAGAUUUUCCUGUCCCUGAUGAAAACGGCAGGGCUGAUUGACCUGCUCCAUCAGGAGGGGGCCUACACCUUGUUUGCCCCCACGGACGAUGCGUUCGCGGGCCUGAGUGAAGAGGACCUCGCCCUGCUGUCCAGCGAUGUCAACGCCCUGAGGACCAUCCUGCUGUACCACAUCAGUAACGGAAUCUUCAUCAACGGAGGGCUGGAGAGCGGAGUCACCAACCUUCUGAAGUCCAUCCAGGGCAGAAACCUCCAAGUGCUGUCUGUUAACAACUCCAUCCAGGUCAAUUCCCUCAACGUGUCAGACAACGACCUGAUGGCGUCCAAUGGGGUGAUCCACGUGGUGAAGACCAUGCUGUACCCCGGAGAUCUGCCAGUGGGACGACAGGACCUGCUUCUGCUGCUGAAGAGACUCAUAAAAUACAUUCAGAUUAAGUUUAUACCUGGCUUCUCCUACACUGUGAUCCCUCUCACCUUCAUCAAGCGCACCAUCACCACGGAGAUCACCAUGGAGCCGGAGAUUCAGACCUUCACCCGCGUCAUUCAAACGGGGCCUAAUGUUACAACAGUCACCAAGGUGAUUGAAAACGAACCAACUGUUACUAAAGUCACCAGAGUGAUUGAAGGGGAUCCAACUUUCACCAAGGUUACCAGGGUCAUUGAAGGGGAAGUGGACCCAUCAGUUACCAAGGUUACCAGGAUCAUUGAAGGGGAUUUGACCUUCAACGAGCAUACCAGGGUCGUUGAAGGGGACCCAUCCGUCAUUAAAGUCACAGUUGAAGGAGAACCUUCUGUUACCAAGGUUACCAGAGUCAUUCAAGGGGAGCCAACCAUCACAAAGGUCACCAGGGUGAUCGAAGGGGAACCCACGAUCACAAAAGUCACCAGAGUCAUUGAAGGGUUCUCGGGCGAGCUGGACACCGAUGGAGAACUGAAAAGGAUCCUGGAAGAAGAGGUUACCAGGGUUAUGGAGCGUCUAGAGAGCGAUGCGCACAUUCUCGAGGAAGAAGAGAUCAAACGAAUCAUCCAGGCAGAAGGUGGAAAGGGGUUUAGCACCUCCGUUACCAGGGUAUUUCCAGGAGAACCCCGCAUCAUCGAGGGGCCCGACUUCUCCAAGAUCGACUCCGACAAUCCGGAGCUGAUCGACGCGGAAUCGGAAAGAAUCACCAAAAUCAUCAGAGAAGGGAAGCCAGUGAAGAAGAGGCUAGCUGUCAAAAGAGGUGCAGUUGCUAUGAGAAGAAAACGACCAAUGCGCCGUCCCGCCAACCCAAGACAGUGAUCCCGGAAACGACUGGAACGCAGACGCACCCCCGCCCCCCCCCCCCAAAACCAGAAAUGCUUGGGUAUAUUAAAGACGCAAAAUGAAAAGCCAGUCAGACACUUUGAUGCUGUAAAAACACAUAGGGAAUGCAGGACGAUGGUUGUGGAUCAACUUUCUGAACCCUAGAGGAACCAAAAGCAAUUGUUAAAGCAAUAUACUUAGGGUGUCUAAAAAAAUAAGACACUUAAUUUUAAAUGUCUGGGGAACAAAAAAUAUUUUUUUAUGAUAAAGACAUAUUUAGAAUGAAACAUAUAUGUAAAUGGUUGUACAUAUAUGUGAUAUGGUAUAUGCAAAAGUGAUGUGUGUUGUGAGGAAGGAACUGGAGGAGGUGGGAGGUAAAUCUCUAAAGGACUGCGUGUUUAAAGAAUUGUCUGGAUUUAGCAAGGAUGAGUUUUUGUCUAGUCAGACAGCCAAACGGAUGGAGGGACAGAUAAGAAAAGCUUACCUCUUGCAUGAUUCUAUGGUGCUUUCAUUCUGUGAUGCUUGCAUUCUAUGGUGCUUGCAUUCAGAACUCAGAAAUGGGUGACGCUUCUCUACUUUCAGAUACUAAAUGCUGCAUCUCUGUAAAUUAUGGAGAUUGACAAAGGUGUCCUCCAAAAUCCCAGUGUUUCUCUUUUGCAUCGUUCUUUUCUUACCUUUUUUUAUCUAUUGUAUGUGUUUGUACGUCUGUUUGUUUUCAGAUUGAAGAUGCAAAUGCUGCCGUCUUGUAAUUUGAUUAUUCUUUUUUAAAAUGUUUUGUUAAUUCUUUUUGUUGGGUUCUGUACAAAGAUUGUACACAAAGCCUUUCAAUCUCCAUGCCUUUUUUUACAUGUUUUUCGGAAACAGUUGUUAAAUAAAAGUUACUAUGAAA